GAACGGGGUAUACUCGAUAUACCAGAAGUCCCCGCUGCUCUCGACUUGACGCGCGUCCUCGUCUUCAGGGGAUUUCUACAUCUACAAUGCGCUCAUUCUUCCUAGCUAUGAUGUGUCAUUCGGACGUGCAGAAGAAGGCUCAAGCCGAGAUUGACCGCGUCGUAGGGUCAAACAGGCUCCCAGUAAUCGCAGAUCGAGACAACCUGCCUUACACAAAGGCCUUGUGCUGGGAGAUCUUGCGGUGGCGACCUAUCGGUCCUUUGGGGAUACCUCAUCGCCUGGCCCAGGAUGACACGCAUGCCGGCUAUUUCCUCCCAAAAGGAAGUGUUGUGAUAGCCAAUAUCUGGAAAAUGCUUCGUGAUCCACGGCAUUACUCAAAUCCUGAGCAAUUCAAUCCGGACAGGUUUCUUCCGCGAGAAGGGUCGGAGCCUGAACGCGACCCUCGCCACAUCGUGUUCGGGUUUGGAAGACGCGUAUGCCCAGGUUCACAGCUCGCUGAGACGAGUUUGUUCUUGAUCUGUGCCACGUCCCUCGCCGCGUUCGAAAUCUCCAAACCUGUCAUAGAUGGCAAGGUUAUUGAACCUUCGAUGGAGUAUACCACUGGAACCAUCACCCAUCCGCAAGAGUUCCAAUGCGCCAUCAAGCCACGAUCCUCCAAGGCGGAGGCUCUACUGUCUGCGUAUGAGCGUGGUGAUUGAACAUGUUUGAUGCGAUGCCGAAGUGUAAGUGUUCGUCGGAGUCGAACACUGGGUUUCUCUUGGUAUCAAUGAUAAUUGAUAAGUACAGUAUCUCUCGAGCGUAGUGACUAAAUGGAAUCUCCUCUUCCUCUCGCGGUUGUUCUUCAAGUUGUACUAGUACAGUACUUACGCUCUGUUAAGCGUUGUUCGGAAUCAAUUUCCUUUGACGAUA